AAAGGCAACCUCUCUCUGUAUCACAGUACCGUACGAGUGUGGUAACUUAAAAUGUAGCGGCCUUCAUCUCCGGUAGCACUACGUUAACCAGAAUUCUCUGCUCUCACGUGGUGGCCCCUUUCAACUAAGAGGUCAAAACAAAACCGGUAAUCAAAGACAGACAACGCGUGUGGACACACUGUGCCUCUGAUGGCUGGUCGACUCCUCAAAGUCUCCUCUCUGGCCACAGCAGUGUUCGCCUCCUCCGGGUUUUACCUCUACACCAGACAGCUGGACCUCAACGACCUCAGCGUGAUCCGCUUCGGACGAGCCGCAGCAGCUACGGCGGUCAUCAGCUACGACUACCUGACUGCUUUCAAACAUGUGGAAUAUGGCACAGAGGAGUACUGGGCGCUCAAAUCCAAGGUGCAUCUGCGGUCGGCAGAGCGUCUCCGAGACUUGUGCUGUGCCAACCGGGGUACUUUCAUCAAGGUGGGCCAGCACCUGGGCGCUCUGGACUACCUGCUGCCCGAGGAGUACACGUCCACACUGAAGGUGCUCCACAGCCGAGCUCCUCAGAGCACCAUGGAGGAGAUCCGGCAGGUCAUCAGAGAAGACCUCGGCAAGGAGCUGUCAGAGUUAUUUGUCUCCUUUGAGGAGAAGCCUCAGGGCGCAGCUUCCUUAGCCCAGGUCCACAAGGCAGUGCUGCAUGAUGGGAGGACAGUGGCCGUCAAAGUCCAACACCCCAAAGUCCAGAGACAGAGCUCCAAGGACAUAGUGGUGAUGGAAGUGUUGUUGAGGGUCGUCCAUUGGCUCUUCCCAGACUUUGCCUUCAUGUGGUUGGUGGAGGAGGCCAAGAAGAACAUGCCGCUGGAGCUAGACUUCCUUAAUGAGGGACACAAUGCUGAGAAGGUGACCAAAAUGUUGGCCCACUUCCCCUUUCUCAAGGUUCCUGUUAUCCACUGGCACCUGUCCACAAAGAGGAUCCUGACCAUGGAGUUUGCUGAGGGGGGGCAGGUCAACGACCGGGACUACAUGAAGAAACACGGCAUCAGUGUCAACGAGAUCUCGGAGAGCCUGGGUAAGAUGUACAGUGAAAUGAUCUUCGUCCACGGCUUUGUUCACUGUGACCCGCACCCGGGCAAUGUGCUGGUCCGAAAGUGUCCCCAGAGCAAGAAGACCGAGAUUGUCCUGCUCGAUCAUGGCCUUUAUCAGGUCCUGCAGCCAGACUUCAGGUUGGACUACUGUCGGCUGUGGCAGGCUCUGAUUAAAGGUGACAUGCCUGGGGUGGAGCGUUACAGCCGCAGACUGGGAGCUGGAGCUCUGUACCCGCUGUUUGCCUGUGUGCUCACCGCUCGCUCCUGGACCGCCGUCAAUGCUGGCAUCAGUUCUGUGCCUGUCACACACUCUGAGGACGUGGAGAUACGGACCAAUGCAAGUCUCUAUCUGCCCCAGAUCAGCGAGCUGUUGAACCGAGUGCCCCGGCAGAUGCUGCUGCUGCUGAAGACCAAUGACUUGCUGAGGGGCAUUGAAACCACCUUACAGACCAGAGCCUCCUCCUCGUCCUUCAUCAACAUGUCCCGCUGCUGCAUACGCGCCAUGGCCAGGCACAAGCGGAGCAAGGCCCAGUCCAGGAGGAGGCGUUUGCAGAUCACACUGGCAGAGUCUCUCAGCCUGUGGAAGCUCUCUAUGUACGAACUGUUUCUGUGGGCGAAGGGCUCCAUGUUGGUGCGCUGGCUCACUGCUCUGCUGUCGUAUCUGCACUGACACAUCUGGAUGGACAUUGCACUGGAACAUUAACAACAGGCUACACUGUUGGCUCUCUAGACACCAUUUGUGACUCUGUGGAUACAUACAAGGACACAAGAUGCAGAUGUCUUUGGACAGCGGGAGCAGAUGUGGCUGCUGAUAUUUUUCUUGGCCUUUUACCUCAGGAUCACAACUUACUAUAUGUCCAAUCGGCAGUAUUGAGGUCAACUAUUUUCUCACGAUUGUGAAAUAAUUGUCUUUACUCAAGAUAAAUACUUUUCUGUUUCACUUAUUUUAUUUAAGGCUAUUAUUGUCAGAUGAUUUUUCUCAUAAAAGUGAGAUUGACUUGAGCCAUUAUCGUAUACACAGUAUUCAGACCAUGCAUGUACUAGUGUUUUUAUAUGGGAGCUUUAGAGGUGAUAGCUGGUAUAUUUCAAAAAGACCCUGCUUUCACUCUAUAUGCUAAGCUAAGCUAACCACACCUGACUCCAUCUUUCCUUUCCAUCUAUUUAACACGCAGACCUGAGAUUGAUAUCUUUUUCAGAAAAAAAAGAAAAUAUGCACAAUUCCUGAAAUGCUAAAGAAUUCCUUGCAACCACGAGAAGACUCUUUGAUAUCCCAGAAUGAUGAUACAAGUAUAAUCAGUUCUCUUAACUGUCAGAUUAUGAAAUUUAAUCGUCAUGAAUUUUGAUUAAAAGUAAAUUAUCGUGCGCAACCUUUAACCAGGUAUAUAGUAGAUCUCAAACACUUGACAGCCAUGUAUAAUCUUAAACAUAAUGCUGUAUAGGCAGCCCUAAAUACCAUCAGACAAUUCACUUCAACACACAGAAAAAAACUGUGAUGCAGCAAUGGAGGAACCAGAUCACUCAUAGGCAUUUUCCUGAAACAGGGAACCAGCUCUGUUCUGGUUUGCACACCUAGUUCUGAACGGUUCCGAGCAUUUCAACCAAAAAUAAAUUGGUUUGGAACCUGAAAAGUUGGUUCCCAGCUUGAACCAAAAAAUAGCAGGUUUUCCUUGGGAACCAAAGUGGGUGUGUCAUAUUCUACAGGUCGUUGUGCAUUGUGUAGCGUCCUCUGUUGAUGAUGCAUCCAAUUACAAUGGUUCCACUCAGAGGCUGGUUAGCUAGAUAGCACCAAGGUUCCAAGAAUCUUGAACCGAACCAGUGUGGUGGAAAAAGACUAUUAUAGGCCAUUUCCACCAACGUGAAACCGACUUAGGUUUGUGCACCUAGUUUUGAACCAUUCGAAGCAUUUAAACCCGAAAAAAUUUGGCUGGAACCCAAAAAAGGGUUCAAGAACCAGAGCUAAUUUGUUAACACUCUAGGGACCCAGCUCUGUUCCAGUUUGUGCACCUAGUUUUGAACCAAUCAGAGAAUUUCUUUGUUCGGAACCUGAAAAAUUGGUUCCCAGCUAGAACCAAAAAUUAGCAGGUUUCUAUUUUGACUUCUGUUUGUACAUGUCAUGUCACAUGGAUUGUACAUCGUCUUCUGUUGAUGACCACAUACUUGAUUACAAUGGUUCCGCUCAAAAGCUGGCUGGAACUAGGUGGUUCGCUAGAUAAGACCAAGCGUUCCCAAGAAUCUGGAACAGAACCGGUUAAUGAACUGGAGCUAUUUUGAUGGAAAACACAUUUAAUAACAUAGCCAGACAGGGAAGUAAGUCAUACACAAAGACAGGUAUCCAGUCCAGGGUCAGAGUGCACUGAUCUUCAAAUUCCAGGCCGACACUGUGGAACCAGGUGCAUGAAGC